UCUCUCUUCUUUUUUUUUUCCUGCGUAAAGACUGUGUUCAUCUUUAACCUGCCAGCGCUGUAGCCCCCCUGCGUUGCGUUGGCGCUGCGGAUCUAGCCCUACAAGAACAAGAGCCAGCUCACAGCCGUGGAAACAAGCGAAUCAAUUUAGGGGAAGAGAGACAAGGAGAGGCAAGAUAGCGAGGUUGAGGAGGUGGGGGUGGGGAGAAGAGCCGAUCGCAGAAAAAAAAAAGGGGGGGGAGAGAGACAUUUACACCCGCCGAACAUCAAGAAAGAAGCAACAGCCUCCUAAGUGACAAUGCUUUCCCAGCAAAUCUACUCCUUAAUUUGAUACGUAACUGUCAUGGGAACAAUAGYACAAGCCUACCUAAAAUGAAAUAUUAAAAAAAAAUCAAGGUAUGCAGAUAUCAAAUAUGAGCAAAGUAAAGUGGGGAGCUUGAAAUAGUAGCUAGUCUUUAAUAUGAUGUUCUAGUUUUUCCUUCCUUUUUUGAAAAGUCACUGCUCACCGAAGAAAGAAAUACAAAUGAACGGAUUAAACAUGAACGUCAAGAUAAGCACUUAAAUUCCCCGUUUUUGGAGGCGGCGUAUCAACAUCAUAGCAGUAGGGGUGGGUCAUGACUCAGCUGCCAUGCGUGUUGUCAUGGUGACCAGCCCCUGCACCCCUUUCCCCCUCCUCUGGUUGGUUCAGCUUUUGUUGUGGUUCUACAACCAUGGACCUCAGCUGACAGAGGCAGCACCCCCGUGCCCCACCCCAUGUACCUGCUCCAACCAGGCGAGCCGUGUCAUCUGUACGAGAAAGAGCUUGGAUCAAAUCCCAGACAGUAUUUCGGAGAACACAAGAUACCUCAACCUACAAGAGAACACGAUUCAGGUGAUCAAGUCUGACACAUUUAAGCAUCUACGGCAUUUGGAAAUUCUCCAGCUCUCCAAGAACCACAUCAGGCAGAUUGAGGUGGGCGCUUUCAAUGGUCUACCCAACCUCAACACAUUGGAGCUKUUUGACAACCGUCUUACAGUGGUACCAUCUCAAGCAUUUGAGUACCUCAGCAAGCUACGGGAAUUAUGGCUACGAAACAACCCCAUCGAGACACUGCCGGCAUUCGCCUUUCACCGCGUUCCCUCUUUACGACGUCUUGAUCUAGGGGAACUCAGGAAGUUGGAUUUCAUCUCAGAGGCUGCCUUUGAAGGUCUGGUAAACUUGCGCUUUUUGAAUCUUGGCAUGUGUGGUUUGAAGGACAUCCCCAACCUUACCCCACUGGUAAGACUUGAGGAGUUGGAGCUGUCAGGUAACCAGCUUGGGAUUGUCCGGCCYGGAUCAUUUCAGGGUCUAGUGUCACUUCGAAAGCUAUGGCUAAUGCACUCCCGAGUGUCAGUCAUCGAACGCAAUGCUUUUGAUGACCUUAAGAAUUUGGAGGAGCUCAAUCUUUCCCACAAUUCUCUGCAUUCCCUGCCCCAUGACCUCUUCACUCCACUGCACCAGUUAGAGAGGGUACAUCUCAACCAUAAUCCAUGGGUUUGCAACUGUGAUGUCCUGUGGCUUAGCUGGUGGCUAAAAGAAACGGUUCCGAGCAACACAACAUGUUGUGCUCGUUGUCAUGCCCCACCUAUUCURAAGGGAAARUAUAUUGGAGAACUAGACCAGACCCACUUUACCUGCUAUGCCCCAGUGAUUGUGGAGCCACCUACUGACCUCAAUGUUACCGAAGGCAUGGCUGCUGAGCUGAAAUGUCGCACUGGAACCUCAAUGACCUCUGUGAACUGGUUUACCCCAAAUGGCACUCUCAUGACUCACGGAUCAUACCGAGUUAGGAUCUCAGUGCUUCACGACGGCACAYUGAACUUCACGAAUGUGACGGUGCAGGACACUGGUCAGUAUACUUGCAUGGUAACCAACUCUGCUGGGAACACMACUGCAACUGCCGUGCUCAAUGUGUCUGCUUCUGAUUCCAGUAAUGGCUACAGCUAUUUCACCACUGUCACUGUGGAAACUGAACAAACAGUCAGAGGAGAGGAGGAAAACUCAGCAAGGCAGUACAUAAACGAAACCUUCAUAGAUUUCCCUAAUCCUACUGUUCAAAGGGAUUUAGAUGAGCGACCUGGCAUAACUGUAUCCCCUUCACUCUCGUCUCUUUCCUCGCUGUCGCCAAAAGCCAACAAAGCUGAAAAUACAGUGACUGUGUCCAUAAUGGAUGUAACCAACAUUCCAGGCCUGGAUGAUGUAAUGAAAACAACAAAAAUCAUCAUUGGUUGCUUUGUGGCCAUCACGUUUAUGGCAGCUGUAAUGUUGGUAGUUUUCUACAAACUCCGCAAGCAGCACCAGCUACACAAGCACCACGGUCCCGCCAGAGCCAUUGAGAUUGUCAAUGUAGAGGAUGAAAUAGGAGCUGGGGCUGGAAGUGGCAUCUCAGGUGGUUCAACGGUAAACUCUGGCACUGGCGGAGAAGGCACCUUAAGGAUGCAUCACCCAGAAGUAGUCAACCUCCCCAACAUUGGCCGCACGGAUACACUCAACCACUACUACAAGACACACCAUUUCAAUAACAACGUGAUGGGCCUUAAUAUCGGCACCGAUGGGCUGGGACCUGGCGGGAUGMUGGGCGGCAAGAACCAGCAUGGCCAGGAUAUUCCCAUCUCCUGUACCUCUGUCCCAAUCUCUACGUCUAAUUUGCUCAGCACUUCGGGUAAUGGCACCAACAUGAACCCCAGCUCAAUGUCCCCUCCACUGCCGAUGUCUCUCCCCAUGCCUACAUUGGGCUUACAUGGAUCAAUCAAGGGUUUCAUGGGGCAAAACCAGAACCCCCAAAUGGAGCCAUUGCUCUUCAAGGGGAGCUCAAAAGAAAACGUUCAAGAGACCCAAAUAUAAAGCAAAAGCGAGCGUGUAGAGGGAGAGUGAGCAAGAGUCAAAGACAAAGAGGGAAUUGAUGUUGGGUUUACGUGUGGAAUGAUAAGACACUAGAGUGCAUUGACAUUACACCAGGAGAGAGGAAAGACUGACACUGGCAAUACACAAACACAUAGACUUAUCUGUGACGGUGUACUGAGCCAAGGAUUACCACAAUGGCCCACUUGUGUUUGUAGUAAUGACCAUGGCCAUGGAGAUCAAGGAGUGGAUGUUGCUACAAUGUAAAUCUGUGCCAAAGCAAAUGUUUUUUUGCAGUUUCUACAAGCUGUAUUCUCAUAGGAAAACGGAAAAAAAAAAAGACAAACUAGUCUAUCAGAGUAAAUCAAAUUGUUGUUGGCCAGCAGAGUUGAAAGAUACGCACAGCACUUACCACACUGAAGAGCCAAAAUGUUGCAGAAUAUAAUCCGAGGGACGUUUUUUUCUUUCACAAACAAAAAAAGAGAAACACUCUCUCUCAAGUGACUCAAUAGACUCCCUCAAGGUGAAAAUUAUGUAGGCAUAUUAGAUGGACAAAAAGGUACAGUGCAGUACAAACUACUGUGAAAAAUCCACAAAUAAUAUAAAUAUAUUUUCAUCUAAAUAUGUAUCAUUGACGACUCCGAUGCAGACAUAUUUUGGGAUGGAUGUAUAAGCUGGUAUAGUUUGUUUCUUUGUGAAUAAUCAGGGGCGGUACUAGUGGAGGUUUGUUCUGAUUUUAAUUUGGCUACUUUUCAGAAACGUAAGGGCUCAAUUGCAACACUCAUUGUGAAUCUUUCAAUUGGCUUUGUGACAUACGGUCCGUUUAGGUUGUAGAGCAGUAAAUGCAGAUUUCUGUUUGACAAACCUUUUGUCUAUUGUUUCAAUAAUAAUCAUUGCAAACUUUUUUUGUGUUUUGAGAGUGUAUUAUUAUGUAUUUUGUAAAAGCCAGCCUCAUGAUACAGUAUUAAAAAUGGAUAAUUCUGACACUUUCAUGCCAGCAGUGAACGAUGGUGAAGCAGUGUUUUACAAACACACACAAAAAAAGUCACUCAAUGCAAAGACCUGUGCGGGUCAAAUAAAGUGUUGACAAUGUGGUAUUUGAAUCCGAUCAGUAGCCAGAUAUUUGCUUAUAGGCAGAAAUUUGAUACAACCUCCUUGCUCAUGGUUACCUUAGUCAUGCCAUAAAAUGCUGUUGUAAGGAUUAUUAGACAUCUCCAGCAGCAUAAAGGAAGGGACUAAAUAUCCAUCUUUGGAUGAUUGGGAUGAGUGAAAAUGUACAGUAUAUUAAUAAUAAUAAUGUCUGGUUGUACAACAAUUGUAAGAUCCACAUUUUUACAGUGUAACUUUCAUAUGUUAAAUGGCAUUUACGCUUCUUGCGUUUCAACUAUGUAUUACUUUAUUUUUGUUAGUUUGAUAUAAUGUGUACAGUUGUCUAGCCAUGUGUCAUUACGUGUGAAAUAAAUCAAUCAUAUAUUGGGUUGUGGCGGGUCAAUACGGCAACCACRAGUAAAAUGUGAGACGUUAUGUUGCUCUCUGCACUGAGCCUGCAYUGAAUGUAUGGUUUGUGGUUUAGCCAUUAGUCAUCCUGGUAAUGAUAGGGGGCCAUCUGUUUGGUUGAAAUAAUCAGACGAGCUUUUAGUCACACUUCUAUAGAUGGCUUUCAGACUCAACUGGUAUCUGUAAAAUAAGUGUUUUUAUGRAUAUGGUUUAGCCCUAAAUGAGUCCCUUUGGUUGUCUAACGGUUAUUAUCUUACAUCAGUGUUGAAAUAGUUUGGAAUGAACACAUAAUUGGACGCAGAUAAAAAACAACAAAAAAAAAAUAAAACACAUCGAUUGAGGAAACGUAAAAUGUUUGUUGCAAUUGAGCUCAAACGGAACAUGUGACCACUUAUUCCAGAGCUCAGAGAACAAUUGUGUGUUUUUCUGUUUCACCCCUCUCUCAGUGUUUCUGACAAAUAACUACAAAUACAGUUUGAUGGAUUUUACAUUGAGUGCAUAAGAAGAAAUAGUAAUCAUGAUUUGUCUAAUCUGAGAGAWACAUUUCCUGCCACAGACGUUACAMAACAAACAUUUUUACUAAUUUAAAAUGUUAAAGGAAUUAUUGAUUAAGUCAGGUUUAUAAACCACAGCCAUUAGCUUUUUUGUCGGCCAUCAGUUGAAUUUCAAGAGAAUAUCUUUAUAUGAUGUGACCCUUCAGGCAGAUGCUAUUGUCCCACUCAUUUGGGGAUUUUGACAUAGUCAUUUUUCCAUUUUGGGGCUACAUUCUCUUGUAUCAACUGUGACAUUAUGUACAUGUGCUGUAACAUCACCAUGAGUCAUCUAAUCAGCAGAAAUUUUCCUUUUGCGCCCCUUAAACAUCUKUUGCAGUUAUCAUCAAAAUUAGUAACUUUUGAAUGAAAUGCAGAAAGGCUUAUGGUAGUUGGCUUUGUACCUGAUGCUAGAAAUGUAGACAUGCUAGGCUAMAUUUGACCCUUUUUACUGAUGAAGCUAUGGAUAUGCAGCUGUAUUGUACAGUUUGGCUACAGAUAAAGUGACGACAUUCGUGUCCCCUUGACAUAAUUCGUCACUUUCAAUGGAUGCUUCUGUUAAGGAAACAGUCAUGUUUGGUAGAAGCCCCUAAUGAAAUGGAUUAUGGUUUCUGAAACAUAAAAAUUGGAAGAAAAAGAACUGAACUUUAGUUCCUGUAAAGGUAAGCUGUUUCAUUAAAUAACCUUUUUGAACGUCUUUAAAAUAUGAACAGUGGGGGACAAAUCUUUUGUUUUGUGCAAAACAUAAAAAAUGGUCACAUUCUUUGGUUCUCUUUUCCUUAAACUUCUAUUUGUAUCUUAGUAUGUGAUACUAUUAGUUUGGGUCUUUAUGAAUUGUCAUUAAAUGUCCUUUCCCACCUGAAAAUCAUGCAGGUACACAGA